AUGUGGCACGGGUGCCGAUGCCUGAGGGCCUUCGCAGUUUGGCCAUGGCUUGCCAGCCUUGCGCUAGCUGGCGGAGGAGCCGGCGGAGCCGGCCGCUUCAUGGCGAUGGAGGCAGCGGUGAAGAGGGCCUCGGCCCUAGCAAAGGAGCUGAAUCGGACGGAGAUCUAUGGCCUGGUGAAAGGCGUGGGAUAUCCGGACUGGACCUGGAAUCCACCCCACGGCUUCUUCGUUGGGAACACGGACCCAGUUCCCAGUAAGGGCAUCCCUUCGCUGAAUCUCCAAGACAACGGGCAAGGCUACCGAACUUUCGAGCCUCGACAAGUCCCGCAGGUGACCGCCUGGCCAUCCACGCUGGGAGUGGCUGCGACUUGGGAUCGACACCUUGGAAGAGCUUGGGGCGAAGCCUUGGGACGAGAGUUUUUUCUUAAAGGUGCGAAUGUCUUGCUCGGGCCGGGGCUCAACGUACACCGGGUUGCCCGCAACGGCCGCAACAUAGAGUAUUUGUCCGGGGAGUCGGGCUAUUUGGGAGCACAGCUUGUCCCUGGCUAUGUCGAGGGUGUGCACUCGCAGCACGUCUUGACUGUCAUGAAGCAUUUCAUUGCCAACCAUCAGGAGACGAUCCGUUCGGAUGUGGAUGCCCAGGUGGACAACCGCACUCUCUUCGAAACGUAUUACCCUCCGUUUCAGGGGGCCAUCGAUGCCGGUUGCCUUGCGACCAUGUGUGCCUACAACCUUGUGAACGGGAAGCACGCUUGUGGAAAUCCGGAGACUCUGGAAGGCCAUCUUAAGACCAACAUGCAGUACAAGGGCUGGGUCAUGAGUGACUGGUGGGCUACCCACAACUUCUCGGCUAUGGAUGGUUUGGACCAAGAGAUGCCUGGAAACUGCAUCUCGCUGAAGCCAGACUGGCAAGUCUUCUUUACGCCCGAGAACUUAGACACGCUUUCCGACGAGAAGGUUCAGGAUAUGGCGACACGAAUCCUAACAGGCAUGGUCCGCUACGGGCUCUUGGAGCACCCCGUGUGCCAGCCUGAGGGAGGCGGCUGCUUGGAGGAGCAGUUCGAUGUUGUGGCCACUAGCCCGAAGCAUCAGCAGCUUGCUCGGCGGAUGGUGGCUGACUCGGUCAUCUUGCUCAAAAACGAUGGUGAUGUGCUGCCCUUCACCCGAGACAUCAAGAAGAUUGCGCUCUUGGGUUCAGCUUGCGAUCCUCCAAAUGAUGUGGAAGCGCUGCUGAAACAGUGGGACAUGCCGAACUACUACACCUUUGGUGGCUCGGGUCGUAUAGUUCCGAACAACCCGCUAUCAAUUCUCAGAGCCGUCGAAGCAUACUGCAUCGUCUCGGGGUGCGAAGUAGUGUCUGAACUAAAUGACACAGUGCAAGAUGCCUUGAACAUUGCGGCGGAUGCUGACUUGGCCGUGAUCUGCUCGGCCACUACAUCUUCUGAGGGUUACGAUCGUUCCAGCUUGUCCGUCGAUCAGGAAGAUUAUGUCGUGAACGUUAGCACGCAGCUGAGUGGAGUGCGGAAGCUCUCCAUCAGUAUCAUUCCUGGAGCAAUCGUGCUUCCCUGGAUCGAGCAUGUGGAUGCUGCAGUGGCCAUGUUCCUGGCAGGCGAGGCAACUGGUACAGGCUUACUGGACGUGCUCGAUGGCAGAGUCACCCCGGGGGGCAAAUUGCCAGUCACUUUCCCACUCAAAGAGGAAGAUGCCAUCCAGCCUUGUGAGGAUCCCAUGUGCGAGUACACGGAGGGUCUCUUUGCCGGCUUCCCAUGGUAUGAGGACAAGGAAGUUGCUUUCCCGUUUGGGCAUGGCUUGUCAUACACGAAGUUCGACCACGAACUUACAUCGCUCGGAUCCUUCUGCGAAACCGAAGUGGGACCGCCAUCAAGGCCCAGUGGCCCUCAACACCCUGGGCUCCGGCCGCCCGGCGGUCGACCGGGAGGAAAACCGGGUGCAACACCCUCACGCCCGGGGCGACCUAGACCCCCGGGACCUCCAGACCAAGAGAGUUUGGCAUGUGCACAAGUGAAAAUUCUGAACUCUGGUGCAAGGAAAGGUACGGAGGUGGUGCAGAUGUAUUUAGGCUUUCCGGACGGCUUGGGGGAGCCGCAGAAGCUACUUCGUGGUUUCCAGAAGGUACAUCUGAAUGCCGGAAGCUCGACAGUCGUGAACCUCGAGCUGAGAGCACCGGACAUCUCUGUGUGGUCAGAGGAGGACCAGUGGCACAUCCCUGAGGGAACGUUUAAGAUUUACAUAGGGUCGUCAAGCCGAGACAUACGAGCCGAGGCAGAGUUCUCGGUGAGCGACGGCCAACUUGAAUUCGUCAGCUGA